AGCUUUUUCUCACGUGUGUGAUGCGUUCAGAGUUCCCACGUUUUGCUACAAUCUUUCGCUGAAUGUCAACACGGAGGAAAGUCACGGAAAACUUUAAGGUUUGGUGUAAUCAUUUGUCUCUUUAGCAAUCUUUUUAACAUUCUAAUAAAUGCAGAAAAGAAUUCAGUAGAGUAGAAAAUCGGGUGCGUCAUUGCAAAAGCUGAUUGUUGAUGAUAUGGCUGUUUUGACGUUUGAAGAAAUCCGAAAUUCACCACCUUUUCUGAUCGUUUUUCUUUCACGUUUCGUUUUUUUACAGUUCUUUCAUUUUUCGGGAGUUGGAAAAGAGUCUACCUAUUUGAAAAGAAAUUUGAACGAGCAUUCCUUGCUAAAAAUACCGCAAAGGCCACUUGGAGCGUCUCUCCAUUCUUCACUUCGCGCGAGUUAACAGGAUCAUUUUUUACGUGUUUCCAAAGUUAUUGGGGGUUGAAAUUACUGACAAGCGAUGUUUCUGUGUUGCUGUUUAAUUAAACGUUUAGGAUUUUCGCGAUCGGAGGAGGAAAUAAGAUAAACUUUGGCGUAUAAAAACCUUGCAACGGUUUCAACGAACUGGUAAUUCCACUGAUGAAGGGCCAGGCCCGAAACGUUUGGAAAGGAUAACUUCAACCUAAACACGGCACUUUUGUUCGUCAUUUGUUUAUUAUUUUUGAUGAACAUUUUUUUUACUUCUAUUUUCUAAAGUGCUACGCAGCUUCACGGAAAUUCUUUCGUCAUUUGUUGAUCAUAAACUUACGCUUUACUUUUUAGACUAAGCUUAUUUACUGAAUCUCGGAUACGAUGUGGGAUUUGUUGGUCUGUUUUCUGAAACUUCUUUUUUUUAAUGCUGUUUUUAUCGGUUGUUGUUACAGAAUGGACGAUGAGUUUAAAGAAGAAGCUGUUUUAAAAGAAGAGGAGACCAUGGAAUAUAAAGACAGAGAAGAUCUUGUCAAAUCGCAGAAAAGUGUCAAAAAGGAUGAGCACAGCACAAGUGAAAGUUUUGUUUGCGUCCAGCAACAGACCCAGCAAGUUGAAGAUCAGUCUUAUCCAGCUGCGCCAGACUUUCAAAAUACAUUAGAUGCAAAGCUAGCAAGUAUCUUUCCCACCCAGUUUGCUGGAUAUUUUCAGAACAUGGGUCAUCCAUUGAAAUCUGCUGCUCAUUGUGCUCAAGGUGCCAUGCAGUCAGUGGUAGAUCAUUCUAAAGGACUAUUGCAAAGUAGGGAGGUCAAUGGUGGAUACAGAAAACUAUCCACUGCUCAGCCUUUUAGCUCACAGGUAAAAAAAAAUAUGGAGUUCUUUGAGGGUGAAGCUUUAAUUUUUAACAAAAUCUCCAAGGAUGAACAAGGAAAAAAUCACCCUUUCACGAAAUUCUUCAGGGGUAAACCCAUAUUUUUUAGAGGCAGACCCAUAUUUUAUGGAUGUCUUCAGGGGUGAAUGCAAUUUUGUGGAAUUUUUCAAGGUAGAGGCGGUAAAAGGCCUCAACCGAGGUGGUAUGGAUGUUAUCAAGUGCAACAGCCCAAUAAAUAUUGUUUCCUGUUGUAGCCCCUAUAAACAACAGUCUGGCAUGGCCAAUGACAAUUCUAUAACCAAUAACAUAAUAAAUUUCCCUCUCUUUCCUGUGUUAUUUUACAAACAGCAAUGGUAGAGAGAAGUUAUGGUCAUAUUCAGGUUACCUUUCUAUAUGAUUUGCAUGCUGGUUGAUAUUUUUGACCUUGGCAGGGUACUGCCAUACAUGGGCUAUAUAAGGUAUGUGCCGCUUUGAAGGGUAUGGUGUUCAAGCAGUUUACUCUAGGAUAGGGUAUAUAAAUCAGAGCAUUUGGGUCUAGAAUAGGGUAUCAUUUUUUAGGAAACUGAUCAGUUGGUUGAAAAUUUUAUCUAGACUAGGGAUUGUGGUAUAAGGUUUUGUUUUGGCUAGACUGUGCUAGUGACCGCAGUAGUUACCGGAAAACAGCCACUCUAGGAUAGGGGGGAUUUGGGGAGUUUACUCUAGUAUAGGGUAGCAAAAUUCAGCUGAACUAGCUCUGGUAUAGGCUAAAGGUUCCAGGGUUCCAGGGUCCCAGCGGCACAUCCCCACCCAGAACUUCCUAAAGUACCCCCCCUCCGGGGUUUUUGAUGUUUGGCAAUUGUAUGCCUUAAAGUACUGGGGCGAUCAAAGUCAUGGGUAUUAAGGCCCAGACAUGGUGCAAGUAUUUCUCAAAGUGGUUAAGUUGUAUUAUUAGCGUGCCUCACCCCUGAUGUUACCAUGUACAAUAUUGCAGCAGUUUGUUCUCCUUGUACCUUUGCAACAUUGAAUGUAAUACAUAUAUCAUUCGGGAAGGGGGGGGGGGACUCUGCAUAUGAAAGGGGUGGGGAUGCUUAUGGGAAAUUUUGAAUUAAACCCCUAGAGGAGACCGAUCUGGGCAUGGCCCAAGCUUUUUUUGACCCCUAAAAGAGACCAUGUUAAAACACAGACAAUGUAAUAUUUCUAUAUUUUUUCACGUGCAACCCUACACAAGAUCUUCACGGCUAAAUAUGAUGGCGUUUUGCCCAGAACACCCUAAGUGAGACUAAAAUCCAAAAUUUACACCCCUGAGCGAGACGACGAGCAUCCCCACCCCUUUCAUAUGCGGAGUCCACCCCCUGGGAUAUCAUUAUCAUUUUUUUAUUGCAUACCUGCCAUCUGUAACAUUAAACACAAUAGCAUUACAACCUUUAGCCUUCAGCCAAUCACAUUUCACAUGUAGUAAAUUAUUAAUUUUUAAUUAACCUUGUUUGCUUGGUACCUGUUCAUUGGGAAAUGUUGAACCUUAGUAGGUUGUAACACGUGACUCCAUCAGGUGCAACAUGUUGUGCAGAAUUCAAGCAUUAAUUGUUAACCCUGCACCAUAUAUCCUUGCUGAUUUUUUGUGUUUGGUCAUAAAAUAACUUUGAAGCAUACUGCUUUGUGUUGCAGUCAAUAAACAGAGGCCAGAUGCAGAUGUGUUUGUCAACUGCGGUAGCAUCAUACAAUAUUGGCGAUCAAAUUGCCAAUCCUUGGCAUCUUCCUUAUAUCAAUGAAAAUGUUAGAGUGACUAUGCCCUUUACCUCUACACAAACACGGAGUGAGAACCAAUUUUUGUCAGUUACAGCAAGAGACUCUGGCCAUAAUAUCCCCACUUCACUGUCUACAAGUACAUCAUCAGUGAAUAGUCACCUGAGACUUCCUGAACAUUAUCACACAGCAUCCUACACUACAACAGUACCAGAACUGCAACCAAGAAACAUGUCCAGCGCAACUCUUCUUCCUAGACGUGCAACACAACCUCUAGCAAGGGCUCCUGUGAUCACAGAUACCUCACUGGGAGUACUUGAGACAUUUUCACAGGAAGCCCAACCCAGGAGCACCCAUAAUACCAGUGUUCAAUUUAAACAUUCCUAUUGCAGGGAAUGGAUUGGACAAUCCAGAAGUAAUGUGGUUACUCAUUUUGAUCAAGAGGUUCCAGUUGUGAAGGAAAGUGACUCUGGACAUGCUGAUAGCCAAACAGAAGUUACCGCCAUCCCAGAUUUUCAAACUGGAAGAGUUGAUGCCAAGAAGUUUCCUCCUCGUUAUUAUGAAUUGAGCUCCCUUGAGAUAGGAACAUGGAAGGUUAGUUGCUUAAUUUCUCAUCAAAAUAGUCUGAUUACUCUGAGUAUUCGAGUAUUUUCACACAAGGAAAGCUGACAUUCAUACACAGUUGAAUAUUGUUUAAAUUCUUCCAAAAUGUGUACUUCUCAUCUAAACGAGGAAACGUGUAUUGACUUUUUGAAAUCACAAAUGCUUUAAUAAAUUGAAUGCAUGAAGCCAUACUAAGGCCUCAGAAAAGAGCCAAAAAAUUUUGCACCACCACCAAAGGUUUCCCCCCCGAAAUGAUAUCUGAGGAAUGACUGGAGAAAUUCCGUUACUGAUGACGUGUCUCUGUCCUGAUCUGGGUAGUGCUUCUGAUCGGUUGUGCCACAAGGGAAAUUUGCUCCAACCGAUCAGAAACACUACCCAGGCCUGGGUAGUGACACGCCGUCAGUAUUGAAUUUCUACACUCAUUUUUCAGGUGGCAUUUCGAGGGGAAACAAGUGGUGGCGCCGCGAAAGGUCAGCUUUUUUUAGUGUUUUCUCAGGCUACCAAUAUACUAUUAAAUAACCAUAAUGAGGGUUGAAGCUCCUUAAAAGGUUCUGAAACAGACAACUGUGUUAAUUUUACAUUGGAAGAAAAGUGGGUUGACAACAAGGAUAGCUGAUGUUUGUUGUACCUCCAGUGAUUUUAAAGAAGUCAUUAAUGUAGCAGAGCUUAAAAUUAGCAGAAACAAGAACUACAGCUAGCAAUGGAGAAAAAUUAUCAUUCUUUCUCCCUGACCUACAGCUGUAUAUAGAAAUAUAAGGGCCAUGUUUUUAUGUGCCUAGAGGCCCCCUGGUGCCUUAACUUUGCUCUUGGGCAACUAGGAAACCUCAGCUUUUGGAUAGAAAUUGUGUGCUGGGCACCCUGGAUUUCACUGCUUCAGAGCUUCGGGCUCUGUAGAAUAAUUAUUUGUCUCAGAGCACAGCCUUGUUUUAUGUAUUAAACCAGGAGGGUCAAAAGACUGUCUGUGAGCUAUAUGCCCAGUUUAAUUUUGGUCCUGUUCGGGGUUUUAAUCAAAUAGUAUUUUUCUGCUGAGUAUCUCCUUCAGAAUAAUUCCCUUGAUCUAUUACUUUUUAGUAUCAGCGCAGGAGUCAAGCUGUGUCAAGGCUCAAAGUCAUAUUCAGUCAGAGGUAGGAUUAUUAGCCCAUAGUGCCUGUCCUUCAAGCUAAGCCCUGUGUAAAGAUGUAGUGCUAUCAUAUUAGUGCCAUCCAAAGGAGAGAACAUGCUCACAUUAGACUGUCAGUCUAGCAAACUGCCUACAUGUUCUCAUGAAGGCAUUAUAGUCUGGUACUCCUGAUCUGUCGGGGUAAAAUUCCGACAAGCAACAUGGCCCUGAAACAUCAACAUAAGACAACUACAAUGGCAACAAAUGACACAAUGGGUAAACCCUUUAAACCUUAACAUCAAAAUUCAAAUUCUCAUUUGUUGUCCCUGUACCUAUACAUUUUCAGUAGAAGUAGUGGGGAGAAUUUGUUGAAGUAUCAGUUAGAUUCAUCUAGUGUGAUCAUGUCCUCAAUUCUCAUGACCACUGUGUUUUGUAAAGCAGUGAUAUUAGAAGCAGUUAGGAGAAAUUUGACGCUGAUCACUCUUAGGGCUUUAAUUGAAAUGUGACAGAAAUGAAGAAAUGCAUAAAAUAGUAAAAUAACCAGAGGGACAUGGCUUCCUCUUCAGUAUGCAAAAAAAAGUGUUUUGAAAUUCAGACAAGGGAUAUACAGACCCCCCCCACAUCCCCACACCACACACCUGACUCCCCCUAUGAGGGCACGCACUCCAGUUUUCCUCAAAGAAUGUUGGUUUUCCUCAAAACCAACUUCAAAUUCAAUCUGGAAAGUGUGUAGUUGGGGACACGGAGGGACUCAGGUUUAUCAGUUUUGGAGCUUUCAGGGGACGUGUCAGUUAGCACUCACUAGUUUGGUUUUUGGUUCUUUCACCUCACAAAUUAUAGCUAAGGAGAUUCCAUAAGAGAGGAGGUAAAAUAACAAAUAUGUGCCUUCAAUCAUAUUAGUGGUCAAUGUUUAGUUACCAUGAUUGAGAAGUGUAGAUUUGUCUCAAGCGUAAAUAAAUCCUUUAAAUAAGAUAAUAUUAAGAUUACACUGUGUUAUUGUGCUGUUGUAGGAAAUUUGUGUACGAGUUUCCAUUACAUAGCAGUGAUGUCACUGCACAGGAAAACCAACCAAACUCAGAGAACAGCAAAUACAUGGCCUGUAUAGAAGUCCCUUUCAUGACAGUAGUUGGUAUAAACAUAACAAGAAUACUUCCAACUGAAGUCGUCAUAGAAGUCAACACUGUCCCUACCAUGUGGCUGGGAAAACAGAUAAUGCAGCACAGACCACGUGGAGUCGUUACCAAGCACCAGUACAAUACGUUAAACUCAGUGGAUUUGACGAAUGGCCAGUUGACGAAUGUUCCAUAUCACAAGGUACGUUGAUGUCAAAGGAAAUACUGUAUUUCCAUGAAGAAGUGCCAAUGCUCUUUUAAGUGCCCUCCCCCGAAUAAGUGCCCACCCCCUUGGCCAAAAAACCAAACAAGAGCACCUCUCAAAUAAGUGCCUCUUCCCCUCCCCCUUGACUUUCUUUAAUAGAAGAGAUACAAGGAAAACUUGUUUCUAUCGCCACUUAAUUGAUACAGUAACUCUGUGAAACUGUUUAAAUGGGAGUGUAUAGAGGUACACUUGAUUGUCUUUAUUGCCAAGAGCAGAAGUUAAUAAAUGCUUCCCUGGAUUAAGCGCCCUCCUUUCAAUGGGACAUUCCACUUUUUAUCCCCACCCCCCAAUGGAAGGCAUAAUUUAGUAAUAUCCAGAAGGACCCUGUCAGAAUCUGAUAUUUUUUACUACAAUACAAGGUUUCGGAAUUAGGAUUUUACCCACAAGGGCCUGCUAAAAUCUUGGAUUGUUCAGAUUACUACAAGACCCAUGGGAAUUGGGAGAGCUGGGACCUGUAGGUUUCACAAUUUGUGUGAUAAGGACCAGUCGGAAUCCUGCCCUCCAUACUGUGUGACGAGAUAAGGGACCUGUAGGAAUCACAUUUUAAGAAAUAAGGGCCUGUCGGAGUCAUGCCUUCCAUAGAAUGUCCUAAUAAGGGCCCAUCCUUUAAGUGGAAAUUUUGAAUUAGCACCUGGUCAUUAUUAUGUCAAAGUUUUUAAGCUAAAGUGGACCCAACCAACAUCUAGAGAAAUAGAGGUGUAAAAUUUUUAUUAAAUUAUUGUUCCAAGAAGAUCACCUGCUGUCUCUUGUGGUCUUGUAUCACCACUGAUAUAGUUAGAUUUAACGGGAAAUCUUGUUGCAUUCUAUGGAAAUUAGGCUUCAUUCAAACCUGAACAGUCUAUAGUGUUUGUUUUAUCAUUAUAAACUUAUAUUGAGUUUGAAAAAAAUAUGGAAACUGUAUAUUGUGUAAAAUGUACCAGCCUUCUUAAAAAGUACAGUUGAACCUCGGCUAGCGGCCACCUCUCUACAACGAGCACUUUUUUUGGCACCAGUGGACAAAAAAUCAUUACAUUGACUCUUGUUUGAAACCUCACUACAACGACCUCCUCCUUACAACUUCCACUUUCUUCUGUUCCCAAGUUGGCCGUUGUAGAGAGGUUCAACUGUAUUCAAACUGGUAACUGGUUCUUGUUGUUUGGAAUUUCAGUUAACAGUGUCAUCAGCAACUGUUGCAACUCAUCUCAUGAAAUUUGACCCCAAGUUUUCUGCUCUUUUGAGAAUCCCUGUUGUGAUCAACACCAAUAAGCCACCUCCAAAACCAAUCAAGGAAAUUCAGAGUUUCAGUUCUACAAAGCGAAAAAGGACACACAGAGGUCAGUAGAGAUACGCGGACAUACAAUACAUCAACAUUGCAGCUAUUGAAUACCUGCCUACUUUUUCUGAAUCAAAUGCUUGAGAUUUUCACCGUGUCAUGACUGGGGUUUCCAAAAAUGUCUCAGUGACUUCUGAAGAUUUCUGAUGACUUUCCGAAGACUUCGGAACGUUGCCAAAAAUGUCUGAAGAUGUUCUGACGACAUUUGAGCACUUCCAAAGCUUAAUUUAAAAGGUGACAAUUUUAGCGUGUUUUGAUUUGUUAGGACACAAAGUCGACCAUCAUUCAACGCCUUUUUGGAUUUUUUUGAAGAAAAUUGAAUUUAAUUUUCAUUAUUUAUCAUGUGUUAAAGAACAAUGUGUCCAAAUUUGUGAGUCAGGCAUUAGAAAUUGUCCCUGAUGCGUGAGAUUGGUGUCUUUAGUCCUCAGGCAUGAAACUCAUGCAUAAUGCUUGAGAGUUGGCAGUUAUCCAUAAGGCUUGAUUUGCUUAAGUCCGAGAAUAAUGAUUCAAAGUGAGGGCUUUCUCAUGAUCAUCUGAAAAGUAAAAGGGUUUAUCUGUCACCUGAGAGUGCCAAAUGUUUUAAAAAAAUUAUGCAAAAUGAAAAUCGCUUGUAUCAACUUAACCACAUAGCAAUAACUGAACAGUGAUUGAGCUUAGUUACUGGCAAAUUUCACUACCUGAAAGAGAACUUUUCCCGGGCUCAAAUUGGGCUAGAAAACAGAGAAGGUACUAUUAACAAAAAAGCUGGCUUAAAUAAUAAAAAAACUAAACCUGCAUUCUCCCUACCACCCAUUAGCAGAUCAAAAUUAAUAAAUUUGCCUGGAGAUGUAACUCUUAAAAACUUCUGCGUGCAUCAUAAUUUUUGAUGUUUGCAUGCUGUGCAUGAAUUAAUGAUAUUAUUCCCAUUCAAUAAUAAAAAUUCUAAAAAUGAAUACCCUCUCUUAGCCUGAGAAAGCAGCCAACAUUUGGCAAUGUCACCACUGGUUUCCCCGCAAAAUGACGUCUGAGAAACGAGUGCAGAAAUUCCAUACUGAUGACGCGUCACUAGCCAGAUCUGGGUAGUGCUUCUGAUUGGUCGUGUCACAUGGGAAAUUUAUUUCAACCAAUCAGAAGCACUACCUAGAUCUGGGUGGUGACUCGUCAUCAGUAUGGAAUUUCUGCACUUGUUUCUCAGACAUCAUUUGGCGGGGAAACCAGGGGUAGCAUCGCCAAAUGUCAGCUGUUUUCUCAGGCUACCUCUCUCUAUAACAAUUUAGAUUCAGGGUCAAGUCCUGAUUACUUACAGUCAUCAACUAGUCCACUGCUGUUGAGUCACUGCUCCUGUUCUGCUGGUUGCUCGACUAAACGCUGUUCCUGUGUUAGGGAAAACAUCAAGUGUCAGGACUGUAGAUGUGGUGCCCCAUGUAAAAACCCCCUGAAUAUCAUGGCAGAGUUUGGAGUGGACUUGGACAAAGCAACAAGUGACAUCUGUCUCAUGCAGAAAUUACCCAAGGUGUGUUCAAUGUCCAGACCCCCCUAUCAGACCGGUGAUACUACUUGUUUGAUACUGAAAUUCUUGCAUCGCUAGGAUCACAUUUAUCAAGAUUCAACUGGUUGAUGUUUUUGUUGGAACAAUUUGCACUACAUUUUUUUGGUACAAUUAAAUUUCAGGCAUAAUUCAAGAACACAAUUUUGGGAGGGUGCCCUUUAGUGUCCUGUGUGUUUCUGAGCUCGCAAAACAGUAAUGUCUGAUCUUGGGUUCAAAGAAGCUAAGAAACUUAUAAAAACCGAUUAAAGCAUGUUACUGCAAGGAGGGUGGAGCUGGUGGUACCACAGUAUUGGGGAUGAAGUAAUUUGCCACAAACAACGUUUCAAUAGUGUUUUCUGAAUCAAAGAUUGGACCCCCCCCCCCCUAAUAAAACAAAUUUAUGGGUCUGCCUCUGAGGUGCAUCUGACUGAUCGUAUUCUAGAAAAAGAAUUAUUUUAUACAAAAGUUUUGUUGCAAAUCUCUUAGACUGUGAUUUUUGGACCACUUUAAUGCUACAUACAUGUGAUAUGGAAUGUUUUAUUUCAACCAGAUUUCUAGUUAUUGCAAUGCAUAAAUGCCACAGUAUAAGUGAUUUUUAAUCCACUAUAUAUCUCAUCAAGCAGCUGAAUUCUUUUUAGGUUUUUGAUUUGCGUGCACAUUUGCGUGAAAGAUCAGUACAAACCCCGUGCUGUGACAGUCCCAUUCCACUAAAGACCUGCUGUGGUGUUGUAGUCGAGUGUCCAGAGUGUGAGACUGAGUAUCGUUACUCCUGGUGUACAGGCAGUUUUUGUGAUGAAGAGAAUCGGCCUCGAAACCACUGUGAAGUCUGCCAAUCAUGCAGAGACUAUAGGGACCAGCAUUGCUCUGUAAGUGAUUUGAUUUGUUUUGUUUGAAUGACCAAAAGGACAGAUUUCCCUUCCUUUGAAUAUACUUCUCCUAGACAGUGAAAUCCCUAUUCAUAAUAUACCCAAAGCCUAAAACCAUCAUGGAGCACAGACUAUAAUAAGGGGAGUGGCAAAACAAUCUUUUACCCCCCCCCCUCCGUAAUGUUCUUUUUAUUAUAUAGACAAAAAGACACAGACUAUAUAAAGGACAAAAUAUCAGCAAAGCUUUGAAAAAUCUACUAGACGUUGAUUGAACCUUCAAAAAUAAUCGGCAUUAUAACCAGUUCACCCCAUUCAAGCCCAAAUGAAAGACUUAAUUCCCGGGGAGGAGGAGGAGGGUCCAUCUGGGGUAUGAAAGAGGUUAGUGUAGUUCGGUUAAGAAAUGGAAGGGGCAUUUAGGGUAAGAAUUAGGCGGAAUUCAUCUGGGGUAAAAAUAUGAAAAAAUAAUCAUAACAUUAUUUAUGUGUUUCUUUUCAGCGAUGUAACAGGUGCUACUUUGCUGGAUCCUGUGGCGAUUUCCCAUGUCCCUGUAAUGUCAAGUAUGGGAGAAACACACUGAAGUUUCUCUAGUUAAUUUAAUUAACUUGUUUACCAUUGUAUAAUGUAGACAAUGAAGGGGAAUGACUGUUGAGUUAAUGAGCUGUUCAUGUUCAGACAGUCAUGUGACUGUGUAACUGGUUCUCAGUGGGAGGAUAUAUUAUGGAGCUGUUGUUGUUAAGGAAUGUACUGUUGUUUAAAUGUUCUGUUCAAGAGCGUUUUGUCCCUAAGUUGUUACAAAUGUGGAUAACACUUUCCACUGGAUAAAUCUCUCUCCAGUGGCUAAUGUACAAAAAUGUAAUUGGUUUUCCCGAUACUUGUCAGUUGGAUUGUGAUUUAUCCUUUGGAUAGUGCCAUCCAUCGUUGGAACAUCCAGGGCCUGAUAUGUAAAAAUUCAGUCUACAAACCUACCUUUAGGCAACGUCAGUGAAUGAUUCAUAUAUGAAGUAGUAUACAUGUAGCCACACCCUCCCCCUCUCUGUUUUUCCUUUGUCAGGGGGAGGGUGCAGCCACACGUAGGCUAAAUAUGAAGGGUUUCAAGCCUAGUUGAUAUGUUUCCAAUUUUUAUCAUUUGAGGGAUGACGCAGAAGCCAAGUUAAGGCUUGCAGAUACAAGAAACUUAACAUGAUUUAUUA